AUGGAAAAUUAUGGAUAACCCAAACAAAGUGGUGAUAAUAAUAGCUCAUCUAAUGAGAUAAAUAUUUUCAAAAGGAGAAAUACAGAAUCGACUAUCCCAAAUCUCCAAUUUCUUUCUUCUUCUUUAGGAAACAAGAAGUUGAACUCUAAAAGGCAUUCAAUAAUGAGCUUCAACAAUUUUUUAGAAAUUUAGGCUCCUAAAUAAAAUAUUGAAACGCUUCAGUAGCCAUACUUAGAAUAAAUGAAACAAUAAAACAAAUUUUUAGUCGACUAAUAGAAAAAGCUAGUAUCACAAGAUGAGUAAAAGAAGAUAAAAGAAGAAAAUUAAAUGUAAAUAAUGAGAGACUACUAGAAUUUUAUGCGUUAGUUUGAAAAGAAAAAAAAACAAGAAAAAAUACAAUAAGAAGAUGUUGUGAUUUUUUGGGAAUAAAAAAUAUAUCCUGUAUAAAAAUAUGAUUUUUAAGUGUACUAUGACGAAAAAGGAAAUAGGAAAUGGAAUUUCCAUGAAGUUACAGAAAAAGAAAUGAAGAAGCAAGAACAAGACGAGGAAAUUUAAAAACAGAAAGAGAAAUAGGAGUUUCUUAAAAAAUUAGAAUUUAAGGAAUCAGAACAAUCAUAAUAGCUUACUUAAGAGCAUUAAAAGGUUAUGUAAGAGAUAGAAGAUUAGUGGAAAAGAACAUAGCGCUAAAAAAUUUAAUUUAUAAAUAAUCAUCAAAAAAAAAAUUUUUCAGUUGUUGAGCAAUAAAAUCAAGAAAUAAAAAAAUCUUAAUCUUAGGAUGCCUUCUAAAGCAAAAAAAUUAUGUAAAGAGACUAAUACACAAUAAGAAAAGUUUUAAGUAGUGUUCCUUUAGAUAAGCUAAAAUGGAUUAUGGACGAAAAAAAAAAAAAUUUUAAUGAAAUUUAGUAAAAGUUGUUAAAAAACCCAAUUUAUAAAUUAAAACCUCAAGUCAAGCCUACUCUCUCUUUUUACUCAAAGACUUCAGCUCAAUUUAAUGAAAAAAAUUUAAGUGGAUUAAUGUAAUAGCAAAAUGGAAGUUAACAACUAACAUAAAAUAUGGAUAAUAGUUAUCCUUCAUUUCGUUAAACAACUUCAUCUUGUUUUGAAAGGCUCUACACUCAAAAAACUGCUUCUUUUUUAAAUAAAAAAUUUAAUAUAAACAAUCCAGAUACACAGUCUUUCUUGACUACUAAAAAUAUGUGGGACACUAAUGGCUUUAGAUCAAGUUUCUCAACUGCAAUUUAAACUCCUUCCAGUUCGCAAGACCCUUAUCAGUUUGAGUAAUUUAAAAUAGAUACUAUUAUAGAUCAAGAUGACUUAGCUCCAAAGCCCAAGUACUUACAGAAAAAACACGUCAAAAAGCAAAAUCUUAGUUCUAAAUCUGCUAGCACUGUAAAAAAUAUAAUCCAAUAAAAUAUUUAACCAAAUUAAAUUGAAUAAGCUUAAUUGAAAAAUAAUAAAGAUUAAUUAGCUCUUUUAAAUAAUAAAUUAUAAGAAAAGCUUAAUUAGUAGAAAGCAUUUAAAAGCAUAAGUAGUUAUGAGAAUAGAUCAUAAACAUCUAGUAAAUAGUAUAGACUUAAAGAAAAUGAUGAAAUAGGAUAAAUCAUAUUUAAAAAAUAAUAAAAAAGAUAAAAAUCAGAAGACUUUUAAGGCUAAGUUAAAGAAUCUUUACUCCUUCAAAAUAAAGAUUUCUAUAAGCCUUAAUAAAUAUUAGAAACGCUAUUCUCUGAUUAUGAUUAGGAUAAUAAGUAAAGUUAUGUGGUUAUCAAAAAGUAGCUCAACACAAAAAAUGAAAAUAAUAUAUUCAACUUCAAGUCAUACUUUUCGAAUAGGUAUUAAUAAUAACCACCCUCAUUGCUAAUGACUAAAUAAGAAAUAAAAAAAGUGUCUGAAUAAUUUACUUAGAGUUUGCAAUAAUAAAUAAAAUAAAUUAAUGAUGAAAAAUCAAAUUUUGAUGCCUUAUAAAUAAAGUGA